AUAAGGGUACAGACGCUGACAUUUUGAUUCUAAAAGAAAUAUUGUGCCUUUAUUAUUUAAUGGAAAAAUAACGUCAAAAUAAUGAUUUCAUGUAGAUGUAGAUACGAACAAUAUUUUGCGCAACCAUUUCGUCCAGUUUAUCGGUGCUGUAGGCAUGUGUGAUUCAUUGGUGACAUAACAAGGGUGUAGAAAAAUAUGUAGGUUCCAGUCGCCGGGUAAGCUCGCAACCCUGCACGUACGCCGCGCUGUGUGAAGAAGGCGGACCGAAGUGAUCAGUUCUUCGGCAGAAUUUGCACCCAAUUCCUUCUUAAAUCGCCAUGGCAGCAAAACCAACGACCGACGUGGAAAGACUGAAGCAGAUCAGCGUGCGAGGGAUAGCUGAAGUGGAAGAUGUUGCCAACUUCAAGACCUCGUUUAAUCGACAUCUUCAUUUUAGCUUGGUGAAAGAUCGCAAUGUUGCAACUCAGCGUGACUACUACAUUGCCCUGGCACACGCAGUGCGAGAUCACCUAGUGGGGCGUUGGAUCCGAACUCAACAGUACUACUAUGAGAAGGAUCCCAAGCGUGUGUACUACCUGUCUCUAGAGUAUUACAUUGGUCGUACACUGACAAACACCAUGGUGAAUCUUGGAAUCCAGAGUCAAUGUGAUGAAGCCUUGUACCAGCUUGGUUUGAACAUUGAGGAGCUUGAAGAGAUUGAACUGGAUGCUGGAUUGGGUAAUGGUGGCCUAGGUCGCCUUGCAGCUUGUUUUCUGGACUCCAUGGCAACCCUGGGCCUGGCUGCCUACGGCUACGGUAUCCGCUAUGAUUAUGGCAUCUUCAGUCAAAAGCUCAAAGAUGGCAAACAGAUUGAGCUGCCUGAUGACUGGCUGCGUUACGGCAACCCCUGGGAGAAGGCCCGGCCUGAGUACAUGAUCCCUAUCAACUUCUACGGUCACACGGAGCACAAGGAUGGCAAAGUCAAAUGGGUUGACACCAAUGUUGUGUUUGCCAUGCCAUAUGACUCGCCAGUCCCUGGUUACCGUAACAACACCGUCAACACCAUGCGACUCUGGUCUGCCAAGUCACCCAACAGCUUCGAUCUCACCUUCUUUAAUGAUGGUGAUUACAUCAAAGCUGUGCUGAACAGGAACGAAGCAGAGAACAUCUCUCGAGUGUUGUAUCCGAAUGACAACGUUGUAGAGGGUAAAGAGUUACGACUGAAGCAGGAGUACUUCAUGGUGGCUGCCACGCUGCAGGACAUCAUCCGUCGCUUCAAGUCGUCUCGCUUUGGCAGCAGGGAUACAGUCAGGACUGCCUUUGACACCUUCCCUGACAAGGUUGCCCUGCAGUUGAAUGACACCCACCCUGCGCUGGCCAUACCAGAGCUGAUGAGGAUCUUUGUGGACAUUGAGAACCUCCCCUGGGAUAAAGCUUGGGAUAUAACUGUCAAGUCCUGUGCAUACACCAAUCACACCAUCCUACCCGAGGCUCUGGAGCGUUGGCCGGUGCCCAUGCUGGAGCAGAUGCUACCCAGACAUCUGCAGAUCAUCUAUGAGAUCAAUGCUCGCCACAUGCAGAUGGUGAGUGACAGGUUCCCGGGUGACUUUGACCGAAUGGGACGCAUGUCCAUAGUGGAGGAAGGGCACGGGAAACGCAUCAACAUGGCCCACCUGUGCCUGGUGGGGACCCAUGUCGUCAACGGUGUGGCUGCCAUUCACUCCAACCUGCUCAAGACGCACGUUUUCAAGGACUUCUAUGAAAUGUUCCCCGAGAGAUUUCAGAAUAAAACCAACGGCAUCACACCACGUCGCUGGAUGCUGCUGUGCAAUCUGGGGCUCUCGGAGGUCAUUGAAGACAGGAUCGGUGAUGGAUGGACCACCAAUCUCAGUCUCCUACGAGAGUUGGAGACUCUGGUAGAUGAUAGAGCCUUCAUUCUGGCCGUUCAGAAAACCAAACAGGAAAACAAGAUGAAACUGGCCAGCUACCUGGAGAAGAACCACAACAUCAUCCUGAACACGGACUCCAUGUUUGACGUGCACGUCAAGAGAAUCCACGAGUACAAACGCCAACUGCUGAAUGCGUUGCACAUCAUCACCAUGUACAACAGGAUCAAGAAGAACCCUAGUGGAUCCUUUGUUCCCCGGACCGUCAUGAUCGGUGGCAAGGCUGCUCCUGGCUACUAUGCCGCCAAGCAGAUCAUCUACCUGAUCAAUUGCAUCGGUCAGGUCAUCAACAAUGACCCCAUCAUCGGGGACCGUCUCAAGGUGGUCUUCUUGGAGAACUACAGGGUAUCCCUCGCAGAGAAAGUGAUCCCAGCAUCUGACCUAUCAGAGCAGAUCUCACUGGCAGGAACUGAAGCUUCCGGCACUGGCAACAUGAAGUUCAUGCUUAACGGAGCCCUGACCAUCGGCACGCUAGACGGUGCCAACGUUGAGAUGAUGGAGGAGAUGGGAGCUGAGAACAUCUUCAUCUUUGGCAUGACGGUGCCUCAGGUGGAGGAGCUCAAGAAGCAAGGAUACAAUGCCAAACAGUACUACGACAGGAACACAGAGCUGAAGCAGGCCAUUGACCAGAUCAGUGGAGGGUUCUUCUCUCCUCACGACCCUGAUGCUUUCAAGGAUCUCGCUAAUGGCUUGCUCUAUCAUGACACGUACAUGCUACUUGCUGACUAUGAAGAUUACAUCGCCAGUCAGGAGAAGGUCAACAAACUGUUCAUGCAACCCACUGAGUGGACGAAGAAGUGCAUCCUGAACAUCGCAGCCUCGGGCAAGUUCUCCAGCGACCGGACCAUCAGCGAGUACGCCAGGGACAUCUGGGGGGUGGAGCCGAAUGCCAUCAAACUCCCCCCGCCCCACGUCGCACCGGAGUUCCGAGAGCAGGCCAUCAACGCUAGCAAGGACUCCGCCCAAGGUGAAAAUAGGCAUGUGUCAUAUUAAAGUAGUCAAGAAUUGCCAGACUGUCCAAAUUGUAAGAGAAUAUAGCCAAUAUAUUUUAUACCUUGUACUGUGCAAGCCUAGAAGUAAAGAGUGUUUUUUUUUCAUACAUGUUUUAAAGGCCGGUUCAUACUGUGCGCAAAAAUGGAUGUGGAGAAUUUGUGAUGUCAUGUCAAGUAUUCGCACUGGAAAUUUGCAAUAAUUUGAACAAAUUUGAACUCCGACAAAUUUCCUGAUGAAGAUUUGCGAUAUUAAGCUCGCACCACAUUUGCAUUCACAUGAAGUAUGAACCAGGCCUUUAGAUGGUAUUUAAUAAUUCUGCUUCAAGUUUGAUAAUUGAACUGAUGAGAUACAGGCAUAGUUACGAAAUGAGCCAAAACACCGAUUCCAAAAAACCAGCACUAUUGCUUUAUUCUGUAGGGGGUGUCUAGGGUGGUAAUGGAACCUUCAGGGGACAACUCCUGUAGUCCUACAGGUCUGGACUCACGUUGCCAGCAAGGGCUUCGGAGUAAUUAGGGGGGUAACACUUACCCCCCAGGACUCUGAAAGAAUAUCUGGCGAUCCACACUGACAAAGGUAUUACCUUCAAAUGAGUUGGAUGCCUCAUGGUCCUGCCUUGUCACCAAAUAUGCUUGCAAAAUGGUUGUAGUCAAGUCCAUCACAAGUCCUCACAAGUCAUCAUAAGUCAUCAUAAGACAUAAGCCUCUCAAGUCAUCAAAAGUCAUCAUAAGCCAUCAUAAGUCAUCAUAAGUCAUCAUAAGUCAUCAUAAGUCAUCAUAAGUCAUCAUAAGUUAUCAUAAGUCAUCAUAAGUCCAUCACAGGUCAUCCAGUCCCAAGUCACAAGCUAUUUGAAUCAGCUGUAACACGGACAUUCCUUCAUCGUUCAUCCUAUGUUCCUUGGUCACCAAUCUUGUGAUUGAACUUGUGAUUGUCUUACGACCAGACUUGUAAUGGACUUGACUGCAAUACUGGCUCACAAAGGGAAUGCUGUGGUCAUUUGUGCAUGCUUAGUUAUAAUAUUAAAUAGACAAA